AUGGCUUCAAAUCCUUCAUUCUCAUCAGUCCUAUUAACUGCACUGCUAGCAACGGCGGCGUUGUUUGCUUCUUCAGCUUGCUCAACGUAUCUACAAGCACAAGAGCCUUCAAUGUCAAAGCUACAUAACAAUAAGGGGUUUCGAGUUAAGCUUGAGUACGUUAAAUAUUCAGGCAAGAACUUGAGCAGGUUGGAGCGAGUAGAAAAUUGGAUUAAGCCCAGACGACAUAGCAGCUUACAAAAGAUUAAUGGAAAUUUAAACAAAAUUUUCAGUUCUAUUAGACCCGGGGAUGACAUGGGGGACCUCUUCAUGGAGCUAUCAAUUGGCACUCCGCCGAAGACUCACUCCAUGAUAAUGGACACAGGGAGUGAUUUAAUAUGGAUCGGAUGCGACCAUCGGAUUACCUCUGUUCAUAAAAAAAAACCUAAUGUUUUUUAUACGAAAGAUUCAUUGAGCUACUCGGAGUUGCCAUGCUCCAGUGGAUUAUGUAAACAACUUCCAGAUACAAUAUGUGGCGUUGACUACUGCGAGUAUAACUACAGUUAUGGUGGUGGUGAUUUUUCCACACGCGGAAUUCUGGCCCGCGAGAACUUAACGUUCGGUGACGUUACUGUUCCAGAUAUUGCGUUUGGCUGUGGAGCGGACAACGCAGAAGAUUGGACCGAACCAGGAAGCGGCAUCGUUGGCCUCGGUAGAGGAGUAUUAUCUCUUGUUUUGCAGCUCAAGGAGACUAAAUUUGGUUAUUGCUUGCCAUCUAUGGCGGACACCAAAAGUAGUGGCGCACUUUUGAUCGGUGAACUAGAAAGCUUGAAUAUUGAAAAACUGAGUGGAGUGAAAACGACACCUUUGAUCAGAAACCAAUUGGAACCAUCUCAUUAUUAUCUUUCACUCGAAGGAAUCUCAAUUGGCAAGACUAAAUUACCCAUCAAGAAAUCGGCUUUUGAACUUAAUACAGAAGAUGGCAGUGGUGGCUUGUAUAUCGACUCAGGCACACCGAUAACACGUUUAGAGAAGAGUGCUUAUGAUUUGGUAAAAGAGGAGUUGAUAAGACAAAUUAAUCUCCCCGUCUACGAAUCCGAAGAGUCCGACCUGGGGUUCGAUCUCUGCUUCAAGUUGCAGCAAGGAAUAGGAUGGGAUGAAGUGGAGGUGCCGGAGUUUAGAUUUCAUUUUGAUGGAGCAGAUUUGGAUUUGGGGAGAGAGAAUUAUAUGAUUGAAUACGAGGAAGGACAGGUGUGCUUGGCCAUGCUUGCUUCACAUCUGAUGGCGUCUAUAUUUGGUAGUGUUCAACAACAAAACUUGUUGGUCAUCCACAAUCUUGGGAAGGAGACAUUGUCAUUUGUUCCAACACAAUGUGAUCAAUUGUGA